AUGUUAUUAACAAAAUUUCAAGAUAUCCUAUCAACGUGUAAUUCGACAACCUAUACUGUAAGGUUAACUUAUGUUACUACUACUACUACUACUACUACUACUACUACUACUACUACUACUACUACUACUACUACUACUACUACUACUACUACUACUACUACUACUACUACUACUACUACUACUACUACUACUACUACUACUACUACUACUACUACUACUACUACUACUACUACUACUACUACUACUACUACUACUACUACUACUACUACUACUACUACUACUACUACUACUACUACUACUACUACUACUACUACUACUACUACUACUACUACUACUACUACUACUACUACUACUACUACUACUACUACUACUACUACUACUACUACUACUACUACUACUACUACUACUACUACUACUACUACUACUACUACUACUACUACUACUACUACUACUACUACUACUACUACUACUACUACUACUACUACUACUACUACUACUACUACUACUACUACUACUACUACUACUACUACUACUACUACUACUACUACUACUACUACUACUACUACUACUACUACUACUACUACUACUACUACUACUACUACUACUACUACUACUACUACUACUACUACUACUACUACUACUACUACUACUACUACUACUACUACUACUACUACUACUACUACUACUACUACUACUACUACUACUACUACUACUACUACUACUACUACUACUACUACUACUACUACUACUACUACUACUACUACUACUACUACUACUACUACUACUACUACUACUACUACUACUACUACUACUACUACUACUACUACUACUACUACUACUACUACUACUACUACUACUACUACUACUACUACUACUACUACUACUACUACUACUACUACUACUACUACUACUACUACUACUACUACUACUACUACUACUACUACUACUACUACUACUACUACUACUACUACUACUACUACUACUACUACUACUACUACUACUACUACUACUACUACUACUACUACUACUACUACUACUACUACUACUACUACUACUACUACUACUACUACUACUACUACUACUACUACUACUACUACUACUACUACUACUACUACUACUACUACUACUACUACUACUACUACUACUACUACUACUACUACUACUACUACUACUACUACUACUACUACUACUACUACUACUACUACUACUACUACUACUACUACUACUACUACUACUACUACUACUACUACUACUACUACUACUACUACUACUACUACUACUACUACUACUACUACUACUACUACUACUACUACUACUACUACUACUACUACUACUACUACUACUACUACUACUACUACUACUACUACUACUACUACUACUACUACUACUACUACUACUACUACCUAUAAUAAUAAGAACACAAUACCAAUGUCUGUUCUUAAUAAACACAUCAGUAUUCUUUAUUCGUACGUACUGGAUAAGCAACACAGCUAA